AUGAACUAGAAUGAUGAAUAUUUAGAAAAUGAGUUACAUUCAUUUGCCUUCACAAAAAAAGGAUCUAGUUAGAAAAAGGAAAGAACUGUGUAGUAAAUUCCCAUAGUUUAAACUUAACCAUAGAUUGUUUAGAGUUAAGUGAAGGUGGGAAAAAAGAAAAAGAAUAAUGCUAAAGAGUUGAACUCGAUUCAAGAGGCCAAUUUCAAGUAUAUUUGGAACUUCCUGAAGUCGAGACAAGAGUCUGAAGUAAUAGGAGUAAUCGAUAUCGCGAAGGCUGCUCAGAGUGUGAUGAAAAAACCUAUCGAAGAAGAGGUGAUAAUGGUAUUGAGUUUAGUAAUGAGUAGGAAAUGUUGA